GCAGUUGCGCAAGACACGAUGCAUGGAGGAUGUGAUACCGCUUGAGACCCUGGUCCAUCUGCGGUAGAAUCGGCUGUUGAAGGUGUGACCUGUUGGAAAUACGUCAGCUGAGGUUCCUGCUGCCGCCACACAGAUCAGCUGUCUUCAACGAUGACUGAGAAUCCGGUCGGUUAUUGGGAACCCACAUUGCCUGUUGACCUAUGGCGUGGUGGCUGUGGCUGAUGGUGCAGUUGGUGGUGUGGUGCUGUGCCGGCUUGGUGGCGGUGCUGUGGUGGAAGUGGGCCACCAAGCCCCACAUCGACGCUCCAGGGCCGCCUACGCUGCCCAUCAUUGGGAACAUUCUGGACUUGCUCGACAUGCCGUUGACCCUCCGUAAGAUGUUCGACCUCCACCAGCAGUAUGGGGACUUGACAAGGCUUUAUGUGGGCCCAAUGUUGAUGGUAUUGGUGGCGCACCCAGACGAUGUGCAGCACAUCCUGCUGACGUCAAAGCUGGUAGACCGUGGCACCAUCUGCACCAAUGCCAUGCGGAUGUUCGGCGGCGACGGGUUAGUCACCAUCGAUGCCAGCCGGUGGAAGGUGCACCGAAAACUCAUAAACCCGACGUUCCACUCUGAGAUUCUGGAGGGAUUUCUGGAGGCUUUCCACGAUGGUGGUCUCUUCGUGUGCGAGCGGCUCGCCAGGACCAGAGGUGCAGCUACUGAGGUUCACCCUCCAGUGUUGCUGGCAGCCAUCCGCAACUUCAGCAGCACGAUCAUCGGCAUGAACCCUGACCUUUUCAUACCAGACGGCUUGGCAGAGGAGGAGCUCUCUGCUUCAGUGAACUUUGCUGUGGGCAUUGUGCAGUCCGAAUUAGCCAACCACCUACAUCGCGCCAUGGGGAACCAGCAGCAGGAUUGA